UUGCAGCGCUUCCUCCGCCCCCGGAGUCAGGAAGCCAGAGGAAGGCAGUGCGGCGUGGGGACAGACAUUGUAACUGGGAAUGUUCAUCAUAAGGGCGAUGCAGAUCCAGCCGAGGUGAACUUGUCUGCCUUCUCAUACCCGACGUUCAAGUACGGUGUUUUUAUUCUCCCGUUGGACUCCUUUUCACUACACUCCGCGGGGUGUGAUUUGUUUGGUCUGUAAUCCCUGACACUUUUCACCUUAAAAUCGACCAGAUUUCUUUGUAUUGUGGAUAUUUCGCGGAUUGAACCAAAAGUGGAUUUAAAAGAGGUCGCGUUGACCACAACUGCUCCAAGAUGCUCUUGGUGACCCAGCGGGUAGACGCACCUCGCAUGGAGCCUCUGUUGCCUGGAUCGACGAAGAGGAAGUUGGCCGUGGAUGAGGGGCCGAGGCUGCCAAAUGGGGUCUCUGGUGGCCCCAUGACCCAGGGGAGCAGCAAGCGCCCGUGCCUGGACGAUGUCACACUGGCCAUGGGCCCUGGCCUCCAGCACUCACCCUUCUCCUCGGGAGCUGGGACAGGACCCCAUGGCCCUCUGCUAGAGGGCAAUGGGUUAAAUCACAACGGCCUGGGCUCUCCAUACUCCGUACCACCAAAAGCCAGCCCUGACUCGAUGGUGGGGGGGACCAUGCAGAGUUCAUUUAACCCUGGUGGGGCCAGUGCCGCCCCCACAGUGGAACAAGAGCUCCAGGACCUUCUGGAUGAACUUACUAAGAACCCGGAUCCAUCCCUCACAGAAUUGGACAUCGAGAAGAUCCUGGGGAACAAGGGGGAUGAACAAGUGGGUGGAUCGGGUGGCUUCAUACACCCUGAAGGGGCGGGGACUCCCAAACGCUCCCCUCAGGGACCCUCCCAUCUGGAGAACCACCUGACCCGCUCUCCAGGCUUUUCCCCGGUGCCUCCAGUAGGAUCCUCCCAGGUCGGUCCCCAUCCCACGGGGAGUGCCUACUCCCUCUCCCACACGGUAAAGGUGGUCCCUUCUCCUCUCUCUGCCUCCCCGCUCUCUGCUUCAUCCUCUCAGAGCCACACCCAGGGUCAGGCCCGCUCACCCAUGUUGUCUGCAGCACUGUCCAGUCGCCCUGGUUCCACCUGGCAUGAGGUGUCCAGAGCCCAGCAACUGCAGCAAAUGGCAUCCAACAGCAAGCUCCUGUCCUCCAGCGCCGGUCCCUCCUCCAGCCAGCCGGCCCCUCCCCUUCCAGUUCCCCAGGCUGCCCCUUGGGCUGGACCCUCACCACCUUACCGGCCUGGUGAGAAGCUGGCCAGUUCCUCCCCCCACCAGCCACCUUUCAGUCCAGCAGGAAGUACCCAGAGCCCCCAGGGCUCGCUCAUGUCUGGCCUGGGUCCCACACCUCCCAAAGGUCCCUCCCCCCCCUACCGGCCUGAGAAGCUGAGCAGCCCUGUCCUGGCCCAGCCCCCCUUCAGUCCACAGAGCAUCCAGAACUCCUCAGCUCCGGUUCUGCCAGGGGUCCCAGCCUCUUCCGGAAAUUCCCGGCCCUCCCCACCCUACCGACCAGAUAAGCGGCCAAGCCCCGUCCUCCAGCACCAGGGCCCGCCCUCGGCUCCACCCACUCACUUUAGCUCUCAGGGUGAGUCGGCCAGUGCUUCCAGCCAGCUCUUCAAGGCCAUGACCCAGAACCAAAGCAGCAGUCUGAAGCUCCUGAUGCAGCAGCAACAGCAACAGCAGCCAGUGCAGUCACCUAUGCAAUCACAGACACAGCCUUCCCCAGCUGCGCAGCAGGUCCUGGGCAAAGUGGGCAUGGCACAGGACCCAUACUCCUUCACCAACACCAAGCCGCUCCGACAUUUCGACCCCAUCCUGCCUGCCCAAAAUCUCAGCCCCCUGACACCAGGCCAGGCAUCCCUGAGCCACUACUCUUCCUCGAGUGUGCAGCCGGCGGUGCCGACAAUGGCCUCUGGGCAAGCACAGAUGCUGCAGCAGCAGGAGAUGCAGCAAUGCAUGCCACGGGGCAUGCAGGCUGGCGGGAUGAUGCCAGGCAGCAGAGCGGAUCCGAGCUCAGCCAUGGUGUCCCGGCCUCAGGAUGCUGUGUCAGUGUCCCGCUCUGCCCCAGGAAGUUUUAACCCCAUGCUGAAGAACCAGAUCAUUCGGAAGCACCUCCUACAAGAGAAGCAAAGGCACAUGGAGCAGAUGAAUGGAAACCAGGUGCCAGAAUGCCACCAGGUGGUGCCGUUUCAAGGUGCAGGCAGGCUGCUGCCCCCUGAGUGCAACUACCCUGUGGGGACGCCCUCUGCUGACCCACCCAUGAUGCCUCAUGGCCCUGUGGUGCCCGGCAGGCUAGGCAUUCCCCAAGGGUCACAUGGGCAUGUAGGUCGCCCUGGAGGGCCCUUCAUGGGCAACUCAGGCCCCAAACAACCUCUGUGCCACCCUGCGCAGGUCUCUGAGUUCGGCGUUCUGCUGCGGCCUGGGCAGGGCUUCACGGGCGCUGGCCUGCAGGCACGGCCGCCAGUCCAUCAGGCAGCAGCCAGGGCUGGGUUGCCGGUCCCAGGCUUUCCCAGUGCAUCUCUGCAGCCACCACAGCCCCAGCACCUCCGGCACGCUCUCCAGCAGGGCGGCGCUACACCACGCAUGGUCUUCAGCCCUCAACAACCGCCCCCGCCUCAGAUGCCAGUGUGGCAGCAGCAGGGGCCUCCGCGGCUCACGUGUGACACCCACAUGGACCCGGGACUCCAGCAGCAGGCGUUCACAGGCGGGGGGGGGCGCCUCGCCCAGUUUGCCCAGUCGCCUGUGCGUACAGGGAUGCCGGGAAACUUUGCCCCCCCGCAGACAGGCCCACCUCCCAACCAGGUUGCUCCUGGCUUUCCCAGCAGACAGAUGCAGAAGAUACAAACAGGACAUCCCAUCUCCUCAGUGGGUCCCCCAGGACUACGGCCCCGAGGCCCCCUGUUGGCUACGGCUGGGAUGACACCAGUGACACCUGGCAUGGUGCACGCAGCCCAGAGUAUAGCCCCCAGCUACCCCUCCCCCUCUAGCAAACAUACCCCGGAGGCAGCCUACAGUGGCGGGAACCCCGAACACAAACUGACACCCUAUGAAUACAGCCAUCAGCAGAACAAUGGACUUAUCCCUGAGGCACCAGCAGGUGGCGGUGCAGAGGUGGACUUCAUAGAUACUUUGGUGGGUUCCAAUGAGGACUGGUUGAACAGUCUAACCAUGAUUGAUGAGUACCUGGAACAGAACUCAUGAAUGGCCCUCGGUGGAAAAGGGUCUGAACGGCCUCUUCAUCCCAGCCUGGAACUGGAUGUCUGCAUACUAAGAUCUGUGGGUGCAGGUACAGGGACAUCUGACUCAGAUUUAUGAACUGCAGCAGGAAUGCACGAUGAUUCCCUUCUCAAAGUUUAAAGUUUAAAAUCCAAAAAAAACACUGGACUGUUUUGUUUAUAUAUAAAUGUGGAAGUCUGCCUGAAUAAUCCUUAGCUGUCUACAUAGAUUACCGUUCAGACAGAAGGGUCGUACCCAGCAUUUGGGUACAAUUCCAUGACAAAACUCACCCUGACAUGGCUACUCAAGGCUAACUUACGCUCUGCAACUGAAAUUACAUCAAAUUAGAAAUUCAUAUUAGAAAGUCCUGUUUAAAUAUUCAAGCUUCGACUGAUUCUCAUUUCGGUUACUCGUACAC